GGAAGGUCUUUAAACUGCACAAAUCCCAACAGAACUCCUAUAGCACUUUUGCAGAUGAGCUUUCACAUUACAUUGAGGUCCAGAAAGCUCGUGGACUCACACCCAAGAUUGGCCAGGUUCUUCCCAAGGUCGAACCACCACUGGAAGUCUGAUAGGUCGCGUGUGUUACCACCAACUUUAGGCCCUGGCACAUUGGACCCUCCCAUCAUCUCAUGAGUGAAAGACAACAGGAAAAUAAAUGAUGAGCACUUCAUCCUCCUUUGAAGAUCAACCAAGAUGCUACCCCUUGCAGCUGAAGCGAUCCUUCUCAUGGCAUCUCUUUGGACAUCAGGUUCAGGACAGAUCCUGCUACAUACAGAAGCCAAAUUCCUCUACCCAGAGCUCAACAGCACACAGAUUAUUCAAUGUGACUGCGUCAACAGCACCUGCAAUUCUGUAUUCUGGUUCCGUGCUCUUCUCAGCCAUGACAAGGUCCAGUAUCUGGGCAGGAUGAACAGCGCUGACCGUCAUUAUUACGGAAACAAUGUGGAAAAGACACGGUUCAAAAUGAGCAAAAAGAACAACGAGGCCUUCAUGCUGCACAUCAUCAACGUGGCAAAAGACGACGCAGGAAGUUAUUUGUGUAUUUUAACAGAUAGGAGAAAUCAAGAGCUGUGGAAUCCCGGUGUCGUCUUUCUCCCAGGAGAAAAAAACUACAUGGCCCCGUGGGACAAAGUGAUUGCCCCACCCUGUUAAAACAACUUGAACUUCAUGAAUAUAUCAGUCUGGAAAAGGUUCUCAAGUCAUUUCUAAAGCUUUGGGACUCCAGCGAGCCACAGUCAAAUGGUGAAAACAUGGAACAGUGGUGAACAGUGGCCGGCCAACCAAAAUUACCCUAAGAGCACAGCAGCAACUCAUCCAAGGGGUCACAAAAGACCCCACAACAACAUGCAAAGAACUUCAGGCGUCAAUAGCUUCAGUUAACGUCAGUGUUCAUGACUCCACUAUAGAACGACACUAGUAAAAAAUAGCUGCAUUUCAGAAAAGAACAUCAUACCAACAGUAAAAUAUGGUGGUGGUAGUAUGAUGGUCUGGGACUGUUUUGCUGCUUCAGGACCUGCAAGACUUGCUGUGAUAAAUGGAACCAUGAAAUCUGCUGUCUACCAAAAAAUUCUGAAGGAGAAUAUCCGACUGUCUUUUCGGAACCUCCAGCUGAAACCAACUUAGGUUCUGUAGCAGGACAAUGAUCCAAAACUCACCAGCAAGUCCACCUCUGAAUGGCUGAAGAAAAACAAAAUGAAGACUUUGGAGUGGCCUCGUCAAAGUCCUGACCUGAAUCCUAUUGCGAUACUUCGGCAUUACCGCAGAAAUUCUGCAAAAAUGAGGUGGCCAAAAUUCCUCCCCAGCACUUACUAGUUAUUAGUUUCGGGUAGCCAUCACUUUUUCACACAGGGCCAUGUAGGUUUGGAUUUUUUCUCAGUUAUUAAUAAAAAGUUUCAUCUCUCAACAGAUGAACACAAAAUCUGACACACCUUUUAAACUUUAUUGCCGAAUCUUAAUAUGGCAACAAUCGUGCGCAGUUCCAACAGUUCCUACAUAUAUGGCUAAAAAUAACCAAUUACCUAAUCUCAGGAAGAACUAAAUUUGAAACACUUAUAUGCUAGGACUACGUUAAAAAGCCAUAGCAUUUCAGUAUGUGGAAUCAAACUAUGGAAUGGAUUGAGUAUGGAAAUCAAACAAUGCAACGAUGAGGCAAUUCAAGAAACAAUACAAGCAGUUGAUGUUUGCUAAAUACAAGGAUGAAGAGUCUUGAACCAGUCAUGAUGUGCUAUAUAUAUCACUAUAUUGACACUUACUAUGGUACACAUUAUGUCAUUGUAAUGGUCAUAUCACCUCGUAUUUCGGUACGAGGUACAUUAUUAAAAAAAAUGGUAUUAUGGAAAGCAGGAAGUGAACAAAUGUAACAGUUACUGAUUGUAAAAGUACCAGAUGGAGGGGUAGGAUUUAAUAAGCUUUGCUUCUUCCUACUCCUUUUGGACAUGUGGAACUGGGAACUGAUUAUGUGAUGCAUUCAAUUGUAAUCGGAUGCAUGUUCAAAUGAAAUAAAACCAUUACCAUUGCCAUAUAUUUCACGGAAGAAUACAGUCACAGUGAGCGAGGUGGAUUGCCGAACAAACAAGCAGGAAAGUAUUUCAAUGACUAUUCUGGUUAACUUGCAUGUCACUUUGUUAUAGAUGCAAAAAAAGAAGAAAAAUCAAACCUUGUUGAUUAUGAUUGAUAGAGCCAUUUCUCAUGGAACUCUUCUUAAAAUGUUUCUUUCCACAUCGCUUGUGUUAAACUUCUCCUUUAUGUGACAGUAACCCCUCCAACGACUGAAGCUAAAACAGAUUCACCGCCAAGCCAUGACUGUACCUGCACUU